AUGGCCGAGGAAAAGAACGACACUGCCGUCCCCAAGGAAGAAGUGGGCAGUUCAGAUUCAGAACCUAAGAAGUCUAAGUUUUUCUCCUGCCAAUACUGCGAUAAGAAAUUCUUAGGUCGCCAUGCCUUGGCUGGCCACCAGAAUGCUCAUUGGAGAGAGAAAUCCGAAGCAAAGAACCUUAAAAGGAAACGUGAUGACCCAAUGCCGUCCACCUAUCCAUCCUUUUUCUUUCAGAACUUACCACUUGCCAGUUCUCUACACAUCGAUUCUUUGUCUAGAAACUUUGGUCUCUACCAAUCCGGUUAUCCUUCUUUUCCAUUGUCUAACAGGUUUGCACCCAGUGCUGCCCACUGCGGACUUAACGUUCCUCCUCUCGGGAGGGCUUCUGUCUUUGGAGGAAACGCUACCGUAAACUUCCAUGAAUGGCAGAGGUACAGAGAGAGGAUGGAGCAAGCUAGGGAGUUCUUAUCAGCGCCUUCAUCAAACGAGGCGAACGUCUCGUGUGUGGAAACUGAUAAUGGUUGUUCUGCAAACGAGAAAAACCUGGACCUCUCUCUGCAUCUGUAG